AUGUCAUCAUCAGACUCCUCUGCAGGCUCAUCUUUCUUUUCUUCCUCCUUAGCAGCACCACCACCUGCAGCGGCAGAAGCUCCACCAUCACCUGCCGCAACAGGCACAGCAGCCACAGCAAAUUUGCUCGGAUCAGGGGAAAGGGGAAGGAGUGUAAAGAGUUUAUGUGAGAAUCAAGAAGCACCUGGAAGAAGGAAGUUUGUGAUGGGUCGAGACCAGUGUUGCCAGGUGGGACGACGACAUCAAUUGGAGCCACCAAACCAACACGAGCAGGUGCUCCAACCUGUCAAACAAAGUAAAAUAAAACAAGUUGGGAGAUUUGCAAGGCAGGCAAUUGAUGCAAUGCAAAAAAGAGAAGAUGAUGUUGUUCACUCAAUAUGCCCAUUCACUAUUCAUCCUUAG